AUGCGAGGGAGGGAGGCGAGGGAGAGGUGCCAGCGACGGCGCAGGACCGAACUGCACGAAGUGCUCCCCCGAGCCGAGCCACCCACCUUCGAAUCCGAGUGUGCGCCAGCGGCCACGCCGCCAGGACAAAUGAGCAUUGCCAGCGCCGGGCCCAGGAUCUCGGCCGCGCUCGCCGGACAGCGCGCAAGCUGCGCGGACCUGCAGCUGCGCUCCGCCCGCCGUGCUGCGCGAAAAUCAUUCGUGCACACCUUGGAGCAAGGGGGCGAGGGAGAGAGGCAGGAGGAGGCGAGGAGGAAGGGGAAGAGGGAGAGGCGCCGGCGACGACACAGGACAUGA